AUGUCGGACAAGGGGGAACCUCCCCCAACACGCCGAAAACCACCCGACAGGCGUCUGGGAGUUCUCGACAGGCCCCUCAUGGAGCGAGACCUCUUCGCUCCUGAGAGGUCGCGAGUGCUCCCACCGUAUAGCCAACUCCCGAGGCGUAUUGGUAGUUCAUCGGCCACUGGCACCGCGCUCGGCGCUGGUGAAGCUGUGUCUCCACCUAGCGUCGAACCGGCGCCACUACCACGCCGGAGCCAAGCCUCGCGGAGACGUACACCUCCUGAAAUAGACAAAGACCAGCUCCAAGAGGAGAAAAGGCUGAGAGCCGGAUCAGACUCACUAUCUGAUUCGGCAUCGCCUCCUUCCUCGGUAACCCCACCCGAGAGACAAGCCCCACAACCUGUGGUAAGGCAUAACAUUCCGCCAAACUCACCGUCUCCAACCACCUCUCCGGCUUGCACCGCUGAUAUGCAGGAUUUCGGCGAGGAAGACCCGGAAGGGGAGAGAGAGUGGGACAAUACGUCCUACGCCACUCUAGCCCCAAUGCAAGACUCCCAACCUGUAAACCAGGAGCCCAUGCCUGGUCCAUCUUCUGCGCCGGACUCUUAUGCGCAAAUUGCAGCAGCGCCGAGAUCAGCGCCACCAUCUCCUCCACCACCAUCUGCACAAAAACAACAACAACCAGGGGAACCUCCCCCAACACGCCGAAAACCACCCGACAGGCGUCUGGGAGUUCUCGACAGGCCCCUCAUGGAGCGAGACCUCUUCGCUCCUGAGAGGUCGCGAGUGCUCCCACCGUAUAGCCAACUCCCGAGGCGUAUUGGUAGUUCAUCGGCCACUGGCACCGCGCUCGGCGCUGGUGAAGCUGUGUCUCCACCUAGCGUCGAACCGGCGCCACUACCACGCCGGAGCCAAGCCUCGCGGAGACGUACACCUCCUGAAAUAGACAAAGACCAGCUCCAAGAGGAGAAAAGGCUGAGAGCCGGAUCAGACUCACUAUCUGAUUCGGCAUCGCCUCCUUCCUCGGUAACCCCACCCGAGAGACAAGCCCCACAACCUGUGGUAAGGCAUAACAUUCCGCCAAACUCACCGUCUCCAACCACCUCUCCGGCUUGCACCGCUGAUAUGCAGGAUUUCGGCGAGGAAGACCCGGAAGGGGAGAGAGAGUGGGACAAUACGUCCUACGCCACUCUAGCCCCAAUGCAAGACUCCCAACCUGUAAACCAGGAGCCCAUGCCUGGUCCAUCUUCUGCGCCGGACUCUUAUGCGCAAAUUGCAGCAGCGCCGAGAUCAGCGCCACCAUCUCCUCCACCACCAUCUGCACAAAAACAACAACAACCAGCCGCCGCUACUGCAGCAGGUGGUGCAAAGAAGCCCAAGGCGAAACCCACUCAUCCGAAGACUUCCGAAAUGGUCACCAGCGCAAUUAAAGAGCUGAAAGAGCGCAGUGGAUCAUCUUUGCAAGCGAUAAAAAAAUAUAUUGCCGCUCAAUAUAAAGUCGACGCUGAAAAACUAGCUCCGUUCAUCAGAAAGUACCUGAAGAGCGCAGUCGAAUCGGGUGCGCUUAUACAGACAAAGGGCAAGGGGGCUUCCGGUUCCUUUAAGCUUGAAUCAAAAUCGUCCGCCUCUAAGAAACCGUCGACGGAAUUUUAUUAUUACGUAUUAACGACAAUGUCUGGACGUGGUAAAGGCGGUAAAGUGAAGGGAAAGGCAAAGUCCCGUUCGAAUCGUGCCGGUCUACAAUUCCCCGUUGGACGUAUUCACAGGCUGCUGCGAAAGGGAAAUUAUGCAGAGCGUGUGGGUGCCGGCGCUCCGGUGUACCUGGCCGCAGUCAUGGAGUACCUCGCCGCUGAAGUUCUAGAGUUGGCCGGUAACGCUGCUCGGGACAAUAAGAAGACCAGAAUCAUACCGAGACAUCUUCAGCUUGCCAUCCGCAACGAUGAAGAGUUGAACAAGCUCCUCUCCGGUGUGACGAUCGCCCAGGGCGGUGUACUACCCAACAUUCAGGCGGUCCUUCUUCCCAAGAAGACCGAGAAGAAGGCCUAA